AUGAAGCAUGUGGGUAAUACUCCUUCAAAACCCACGAAGCUAUACAGAGAGGAGAGGCAAAGACGCUGGGGAAAUGGGUUACUGAGAUAUGGGCUUUGGCUUGGUACUUUUGAUACAACAAAAGAAACUACUUUGGCUUACGACAAAGUUAUUUAUAAUAUUCAUGGUGACUUUGCUAGGCUUAAUUUUUCAAAUCUCAAACACCAUGAAUCAUGUAUUGGCAUUGGUGGUGAGUUUGGUGAGUAUAAUCCUCUUCCUUCUUUUGUAGAUGCUAAACUUCAAGAUAUUUGUGAAGGUUUAGCUGAGAUGCAGAAAGAGGGAAAGCCAGAGAAGUCUAAGAAAACACCAGCUGCUAAGUCGAAAACUGCCUCCAAGGUGGUGUCUCCACUGGAGAGGUACUUGUGGAGUCCGCAUGUGCCAUGCACAUGUUAUGGACAUGCUUUAGAUAAGAAUAUUUAUUUAUUUAGUAUUUUUAAUUCAAAAUUAUAUGAAAUGACUAAUGAACUUGACAGUGGGGUAGAUGAUGAAAAUUGUGAUGAUAGGCCUAGUGUAAUUAGAUAUAAUGAAGAAGAUGUUCUUAGUAAGGAUUUUACUUUCAAGGUUGGAAUUGAGUUUUCUUCAUUGAAACAGUUCAAGAAAUCCAUUUUAGAGAAUAAUGUCUUGAUUGGUAGGGAUGACUUUAAAGAAAAAAAUGGUCUUGUCACAUCUGAAAUAGGCCUACAUACACAAACAAAGGAACCUCUCACACAGGCUAACCAGAAUAACAAAGCCAACAAGUCACCAAAGGAAAGGGGGAGGUCUAAAGGUCUUGUGAAAGGUAAGGAGUCUCUGAAAAAGAAAAAGGGUUUGAAUAAAUGCUCUUCAUCUCAGAUGUGUGAGUUUGAGUUUCUACCACAAGUUGAUGAUAAUGACACUCGUAAUGUGGAACUACAUGCACAUGUUGAUGACAAUAAGACUCCUAAUAUGGAACCGCGAGCACAGGUUGAUGACAAUGUCACUCCAAAUUUGAACAAGUAUUAUAGGUUGGAUCUUGAUACUUUAAAAGCAUUGAUGAGUAAUAAAGACAUCCUUGACAUUCAACCUAUUAGCAUUGACAUAACACCUAUCAAACUACCAUCUACUGUCAAACAAAGUCCAACAAAGUCAGGUGGAGUUAAAACUUUCUUUGGUAAAAAACCAAAAGCUUCUAAUUCUAGUGCCUUCAAGCCACUAGGUGUUGUCAAGGUUUCUUCAGAAAAGCCAAGUAGCAGCGAUCCUGUGAGUAUCUUCACAUUUUGUGCUUUCAAACCACCUAUUCCCUACAUUUACUAA